AUGUUUGCCGCUGCCCUGAUAAGCGCCGUGCCCCUGCCCCGUGGCCAACGUGCACGGACAUCCGCGCCCGCGCCAGCGUCCGACAGUGUCUCCAACAACAGCGUUGCCGAUAACACCACCCUGCCUUCCGCGCCCUUCGGCACCUGCCCGCCCGAGCCCUUUGUGGCUGACAUCACAGCGUCGCAGCCUGAGUGCCUGGCCUGCUGCGGCCCGCUGCAGGAAACCAGUGCUUCCAGUGCUUGCGCGCCGUGCGUGCCCUUUGCCUGCUGCUCCCCGCUCCCCUGCCCCGCCUCCUUCAAGGAGUUCGACCAGCUGGUUGCUGGCGCUCCGUCAUACGACCGCCACGUCCGACCGCCACCGCACGACACGCCCACGGUGGUAGCGCUGCCGCUGGUGCCUCAGCAGAUAGGAGUGCUGGACACGCGGCAGCAACGGGUGACUGUGGAGCUCCAGGUCAGUUUCGCAUGGCAGGAUACGCGAUUGCGAUUUGACCCCUCGUGCCUCGUUGAGCGAGGCGCGUACACCUUCCUCGACCGGACGGUGAUCUGGCCGCCGAUGCUCCCCCUCUACGUAAUUCAGGCGGAGAGCUCGGGAGUGUGGGUACCGCCCGUGAUCGUGGACAACGCGCACCCGAAUGCCGAGGAGUUCCGCGCGCGCGACGAGCAGUUCUUCAUCUACAGCACCGGUGCCGUCUGGUACUCGUAUCGGGCCUCGUUUGACGUCAAGUGUGGCAUGGACUUCUCGGAGAUGCCCUGGGACACACAGGAGUGCUACGUGCGGCUGGUGGCGGCCGACGAACACUCGCGGAUGACGCUGGCGCUCGGGGACAUUGCUGGCGGCGACGCAGCCUAUUACGAGCGCAACGUGUACAACACGCCGCAGAUGCACCAUUUAAUGAGUUCGACUGAAUGGGAGUGCACCGAGAUCCGCGGGCGCAACGGCACCGGCCUCGCUGGUCGCCUCUUCGCUUCGAGCAAGGACUAUGUCGAGCUCGUCUUCACGUUUGAGCGGCGGAGCGCAUGGUAUGCCAACAACGUCGUGCGGCCGACCAUCCUGCUCGUGGCUAUCUCGUGGUUGUCCUUCUUCAUCUCACGCACGGCGGUGCCCGCCCGCGUCGCAAUGACGCUGAUUUGCUACCUCACGCUCUCCAACUUGAACAGCAUGGUCAGUGCGUCCUUGCCCAAGCUCUCGUACUACGUGCGCCUACUUGGCCUCAUGACCGCGUCGCAAGGUUUUGUCUUCUUUGCGAUUCUGGAGUAUGCCGUCGCCAACUGGCUAAUGCGGCUGGAGAAGCGCAUCGACGGCGCCGAGGAGAAGGCACGCGCCGAGGGAGCAGCUGCUGGCGUCGGCACGGCGGGCUCCGGCACAAAGCGCGAGCAAACGCUGCGACACCUUCCCCCCAGCAGCUUCCCGGCACUUUCAUGCCUGCAGCGUCUGAGCCCGCAGCGGUUGCUCGUGGGGACCAGCGGGCAGAUGCUCUUGCGCGACCAACACCUCGAUGUGGCUUCGAGGUGGCUGUACCCUAUCGUAUACGCAGUCGUGCUAGGUGUGUACUACGGGAGUUAG